AUGACGGCUGUCGCCGAAAACCGGGUCGUGCGGCGAAAUGGUCCAGGAACUAAAAGAGCGGAUUGGAACUGCUGGCCUCCAUUGGCGUUUGAAGAAAUGGACAGUGCUCUCAACAUUCAGCAAUACAUCCAACAAACCAUCAAAGCAAAUCCAUCUGACGUUGAAGCCAUAUUGACUCCGCCUUUGGAUCAAGAUGAAGGGGUCUGGAAAUACGAACAUCUCCGUCAAUUUUGUAUCGACUUAACGGAUUGGCUCUUUUGUUGCAGGUAUCAGAGAGAAUGCGUUCCUGAAACUUGCCAGCAAAUGACUGCAACUGAACAAUGGAUCUUUCUCUGUGCUGCGCACAAAAAUCCGAACGAGUGCCCAGCAAUCGAUUACACAAGACACACACUCGAUGGAGCUGCCACAUUGCUCAACUCUAAUAAGUACUUCCCAAGUCGUGUCAACAUCAAGGAAAUUUCAAUUUCAAAGCUGGGAUCAGUUGCUCGUCGCGUUUAUCGCAUUUUCUCUCACGCGUUCUUCCACCACCGGAAGCUGUUCGACGAAUUCGAGAAUGAGACUCAUCUUUGCAAGCGAUUCACAACCUACGUGUCGAAGUACAAUCUUAUGCAGCAAGAGCAUUUGAUUGUUCCAAUCUUGCCAAACCAACAGCAACAGCAAACCGCUCAAUAA